AACUCUUUCUCUUUCUUUUUCUUUCUCCCUCCCGUCACGUGCACCUGUCUUCGUUUACCUGGUAAACGCCCCGCCCCGGCCAAUAGAGGUACAGCGGGCCUCGUGACGUCAGUCACGCGUACCAGGAGGCCCUAGGUGGAGGGGCGAGAUCAUCCACCACUACCUUUGGAGGCCACGAAAGCCUCACGGGGACCAGCCCGACCAGCAGCUAGCAGCAGCCAGCGGCGGUGGUCUCGCUGGCCGUUUGCCGCGGGGUGGGGGCAGGAAGAGGGGUACUCCUGGACCUGGUCAGACCAAAGAAACAACGCAGGAAUACCCACCGAAACCCAUCCUGCAUUUCCCACCACCGGCUCGUCCGGAAAACGUGCGCUAGCUUCCGGACGUCGUUCGUCCGAGUUCAGUCAAGUGAGUCGACUCGCACGUACCUUCUCUUCGACGAAAACGAUUGCAGAGGGUUCCACUCCGGAAAGACGGGAGUGUUGGCUUGGCGCGUGUCGACGAGAAUUUAAAGGGCCCAGUACCGGUAGAGAGAACGUCGAUCAAUCGAGGAAAUUCGGCUUAGAAUAAUUCUCUGUGAGACAGCAUUUAGGAUGCAGAAAGAUCCCUUCUCGUAAAUUCUCCAAUUUGGUAUUACGAGUUAAUGAUAUCCCGGUGUGGUGACCGUAUGUCACCUCCUUACGGUAAUCAAAAGAGAAAAAAAGAGGAUCUUUUUUCGAUCCUCCUAGAGAUAGUAGCCUCGCCAUAGUCAAUCUUCGCCGAUCUGUCGAUCGCUCGUGUUCAGAUUCUCUCGGUGAAUUAUCAUUUAGUUUUUGAUCGGUCGCGCGCGGAGUUUAACAACGCAAUACGGGGAUCACAUCGGUGGUAAGAGUGCGUGCACGGGGGGUGUGUGAUGCCCUGGUUAUGGUUAAGCGUGAGUGAGGUCAGUGGCAAGAGGCGGAGAAGAAGAAUCGGUAGCAGAACGUCAAGCGGAUUGUCACCCUCGUCAUCGUUGUUGCUGCUGCCGCCGCCGUUGUUACCGCUGUCGUCGUCAUCGUCGUUCUCCCAGCCGUUCUGGAGACGACGAGAGCAGUGACCGCGCAAGGUCGACCUCGAGGCAGAGGCACGCGAUUAUGGUGCACCAUUAUCACCGUCGCCGCGGCCUCCAGGCGACCCACCACUAUGCCAUUGGGAGUCGCGUAGGCACUUCGCUCUUUCAGAUUCUUCUGUUAUUCCUCAGCCUCUGGCUGCCUGUGCUCGAUAACAGUGGUUUUGCUUUGGCGUGCGGACCCGGCAGAGGCGCCGGCCGACGGCCGAAUCUGAGGAAGCUUACUCCUCUGGUCUUCAAACAGCAUGUGCCAAAUGUCAGCGAGAACACCUUACCGGCGAGCGGACUCAGUGAGGGACGGAUUACUAGAUAUGACCCCAGGUUCCGAGACCUGGUACCCAAUUAUAACACGGACAUCAUCUUUAAGGACGAGGAAGGCUCUGGCGCUGAUCGUCUCAUGACACAGAGGUGCAAGGAGAAACUUAACACUUUGGCGAUCUCGGUGAUGAACCAGUGGCCCGGAGUGAAACUGCGAGUUGUCGAAGGUUGGGACGAGGAAGGCAUGCAUGCGACAGAUUCCCUGCACUACGAGGGACGUGCCGUCGACGUGACGACGAGCGAUCGCGAUCGCUCCAAGUACGGGAUGUUGGCGAGACUCGCUGUCGAGGCAGGUUUCGACUGGGUUUACUAUGAGUCCAGGUCGCACAUACAUUGCUCCGUCAAGUCUGAAUCAUCUUCAGCGGGUAAAUCUGGUGGUUGCUUUCCCGGGAGGAGUCUGGUCCGAACGGAGGAUGGUAGUACGAAGAGGUUGGACGAUGUGCGUCUCGGCGACCGUAUCGCCGCUGUGGACUCCCGUGGCGACGUGGUGUACAGCGAGGUGAUCGCUUUCUUGGAUCGUUCUCCAUCCGAGAGGAGACAGUUCAUCCGAUUGACGACCAAGUCUGGCCGAGUGCUCACGUUAACGCCAGCGCAUUUGGUGCCAAUGGAGAGUGGUUCAGUGUUUGCCGCCAACGUGCAACCCGGCGAUAAGAUCCUCGUGAGCGACGCCGAUGUAGCGAGCGCGAAGAACGAAGUGGAUAAUCGUUUGCGAUGGGACAGUGUCAACGAAACGAAAUUGGUCAUCGAGGAAGGAGUUUACGCUCCGCUUACGAUGGAAGGUAAUCUCUUCGUAGACGACGUCGUCGCAUCCUGCUACGCCAUUGUCAACAGUCAGUCGCUAGCACAUUACUCCUUCCUACCGUUAAGGAUUUGGCAUAGCGUGACAUCCUUUUUCCUGCAAAGGUUGGACGACGUAAAACACUUUGCGACAAGACAUAACGAUGUAUCCAGAACAGAAUCGACAAUGAGAGGAGAGCAAGAGGGUAUCCAUUGGUACGCAUCGGUGCUUUAUUCACUGUCCUUCUACGUGUUACCAUCGAAAAUGAUCUACAACUGA